UGAGGCCUGAAGGGGAAAGCCUUCCACACAGAUCUAAGCCAGCUGCCCUGAUUUAAACACUUCAUUGCAAGAAGAGUGGAAGCGAAAGGGGAAUCUGCAUGCACGCCCCCCCCUACCAGUGUGCUCAAAGUACACUGGCAGAGCAGCUGCCCGAUCUACAAGCUAUACAUUUGGACGCUUGCAGGUAAAGGCAUUUCCUUUGGUCUCAGAUUCUCAGGACUCACAAGGCACUGGUUUUCCUGAGAGGGGGGUCGUUCAAGCAAACUGACCUCUGGGGUUAACCUGAAUCAGUGUGUGUGAAGCUCUGUGGAGGAGGGGAGGAGAGAACAGUUAGUGGGAGGUGGGAGGCCACAGUGGGGCUCCUGAGCUGCUCAAGAACGAGACGAAGCAGUCGCCGGGAAGCGAGGCAAGAGGAGGAUAUGGCCACGGGAGAAAUCACAACACUUCCCUCCACACCUGAUGACGGAGGCAGCGGCGGCUUUCCUCCUGGGGGCUUCAAGGAUCCCAAAAGGCUGUACUGUAAAAACGGGGGCUUCUUCUUGAGGAUAAAGCCUGAAGGGGUUGUGGAUGGAAUCCGGGAGAAGAACGACCCCCACAUAAAGCUUCAACUCCAGGCGACCUCAGUGGGCGAGGUGGUCAUCAAAGGAGUGUGUGCUAACCGCUAUCUGGCCAUGAACAGAGAUGGACGACUGUUUGGAGCGAGACGAGCCACGGAUGAAUGCCACUUCUUGGAGCGGCUCGAGAGCAACAACUACAACACGUACCGCUCCAGGAAGUACCCCACCAUGUACGUGGCGCUGAAGCGGACUGGCCAGUACAAGUCCGGGAGCAAAACUAGCCCGGGUCAAAAGGCCAUCCUGUUUCUUCCAAUGUCUGCCAAGUGCUAAUCUGGGAUCUGACCGAAAGGUAUCGACGUCUUAGUGGCAGCAACGAAGAAGAUGUGACGGCAAUGAAGACAAUCGACAUUGCCCCAAACAGCUGUGAUGCUUUCUGACUGUUAUAUCCUGCUCUUAUUCAGCUUGUGACACUCAUUCACACCUGGCUGCUUCACAGUAAAACAUGUAGACCUGCUAACUGCUGAAGUGUACCAUCAAGUAAGGCAGUGUUCAUUUUAGAAACUCAUCUCUGACUUAAGGAUUUAAAGCGACAACCCUUUCCUACCCCUUUCCUACUGUUCAGCUCCUGCAGUCUAAACUCAGCUGUAAGAUGAAGGUCUUAGAUGAAUAGUCUGUUAAAACUAGUUAAAAUAGUACAUGCACUCAAAGCCUACAUUAUUGUAACUUGAUAAGAGAUUAGGGAUUGAACUAAAUAAUUACAUUUUAGGAUUUUUUAGGAAAAACUAAGCACACCAAACCAACUCAAAUCAAAACCCAAGCACUAGUUUUAUUUUAAACUUUCGACACACACAGAAACUGAAGAGCUUUCCAGAGCUUGUUUUUGUUUUCGGACAAAACUAACUCUUUUGUAAGUCCAAAUUCACACCGAGGACCAGCGAUGUGCGGCCUGGGGUGACUGCCAUGCUAUGUCUGGGUAUAAUUUAAGUUUUUGCAUUGAAUCGCAGCCAGACAGUACCUCGGCCAACCAGAAAACAGAGUCCUGUGAAUCCUGUUACAUGUCGACCUAUGCUACGAUGAGUUUCUUCCCGACACAUGAACUCGCCUUCCAGCCCAGGAAGCAGUAUUUGUGUGUUGAGCUGCACUUUGCCGCUCGCAGGUGUGAAUUUGGCGUGUGUAUAAUUGGAUUUGUGCAAACAGAAUGAGUAAAUGAUGUCUGGUUUAAUGACAGAAAGGCAGUUUAUUUCUACAGAAAGUACUAUUUUGAUUUUAUUGACCAGACUAUUUCAUUAAGGCAGCCAAUAUUGAUAUUGGAACAACUGACCUUUAAUAUUAGCUCUGACAGUGUAUGAUCAGCUGACACUGGUGGUUAGCUCGUUAGCAAGACCUGUACCUAAAAAAUACAGAAACAUUUAAAAGUAGUCCCUUUAACCAAUGAAAUUAGCUGCUUGGAGCCACUAUUUCCAAACAGUACGUCAAAAAGUGUUAUAUGAACCGUAUAAAAUUGUGGUUUAGGUAGAGUGGUGCAGUGAUGACAUAUUUAUGUAGUCCAGCAUUGCAAGGGCUCAGCACAAAAAUAAUUGGGAUCUCUUCAGGAUGAUCUCCACAUAUUCACAUCAUUUUUUUUAACAAUUAAAUGCAAUCGGCAGAAGAAAAAUGCUAAUGUUGGGCUAUAAAGGAACUACAUCACGGUGGCGUCAACACGGCUAAGCUAAAGGCGGCUAAGAUGGCUCAUUUAGUCAUUUAUUUAGCACCUAUUGCUUUUAUGAUUCAUAGAAACUUGAGACAUUCACCACUGGGGUAUUACCUGAUUGUAGUAUAACAAACCGUGAACAUCUCUUAAGUAUUAGACCCUGUAUCCCAAAGAAUCCAGAUGAAGGAAUCCCAAAUUGCUAACUGCUCAAUGAUAACUGCUUGAUGCUAACAUCCAGGUUUAGGACUCAUUCUUGCACCACCCAAGUGAGUGUUCUUGUAGUCCAUCCUAUUCCAGCAUAUUUUUUCAAAGCUAGUGUGGACAAACACACGGCAGACAUCUUUCCAGUCAUAAAUACACUUUAAAUAUGAGUAAUACUGACAGCUAUGUGUCAACGUAGCUAGCCAUGGUAUGGUAACCCCAUCAGGUUGCUAGGAUUUCAGUGUGGGAGGAAGCUGCCGGUGAUACAGCUGGUAAAACUUCCCAGAGUACACGGCAGGAAUUACCUCCAUGGGGAGGUCGAUGUGAUGGAAGCCGCUCUCCAGGCCGUGCAGCAGCAGCCGGGCUACACGAGAGGUGAUGGGGGUGGUGUGUUCGGUCUUAGCCAGCUCUGCGAGCUCCAGCCACUCACAGCGCAGACACUCCUGAGUGCAGAAGUUAAUGUCGUAGGUGAGAGGGCUGAGUCGGCAGAUGAUGUACAUGUCCGACAUGCUGAAGGCGCCGGGGUGGUCGUGCUGCUGCCGGAUGCUGAGCAGAGAUCUGAACUCUGAGCGAACGCCGGUUUCCUCAAACACUUCCCGAACCGCAGUGGUCCCUGAGAAAGAUUCAUUAAAAUAUUACUAAAUGUAUGUGGAGGACUUUUAAAGAUCCUGAGGUGUGGGGUAAAGGGAAAAAAAACAUAUAUUUUUUGUAAAGAAACAUUCGACGCUGCUUUUAUGGGUUGGGCCAUGUAUAUAAUACCAAAGCUGCUUUAAAGGUGAAUUUGGAGAAACAGAUAUAAAUAUUUGCAUAUAUAUCAUGUGCCUCGUUUUGUACAGUUCAAAUGAAUGUAUCAUCAUCUAAAAUUGAAGGCUACAGCUGUAGAUGUACUGUAUUAGAUUUGUGACACUCACCGAUAUUUUCUGCUAGAUCAGACAAGCCGCCGGGGAACUUCCAAGCAUUCAUCGUCUGAAAUACAGAGAUACAACUUAACAUCAUUUGUGACAGAAGGCACUGCUGUAAAUGUACCUUAAGAGUUAUAUCAUCAUGAUCAUGUUAACCUUGUUUUGAAUCAUAAAACGUUGUUAUAUAUAUAUAUAUAAAAUCACAGCAAGUAGUGUAUCUCAACUAAUAAAUAUACACGUAGAGAGAUGUUUAAUAAGAGUAUCCUUUAAUUGUAUGUUUUAUCUUUAGUGCCUCACUCUAGAGGCUUUUACAUUUGCUGCGGUGAAAUGUGUCUCCAGAAGCUGUUUCACCACUUGAUAUUUAAUAACAGUAUGCUGCUGGUUAAGUUAUGAUGUCAGUGUUGUAUAUAUAUAUAUAUUUUUGUAGUUAUCAAUGUAUUUUGUAUGCAGUGCUUUUUUCCCCUUCCAUUUAGAAAUGCUAUUUCAUUUUUCCCUGUUCCUCGAACAUAAAUGCACUACAGCUUUUAUUUGUAUGUAUGGUCAACAGAAUGCUAUAUUUUUGGAGCUGUUUCUAGAAAUGUGCUGGUAAGGAGGAAAUAAAGAGAUUUUGUGUUACUCUAA